GUGCGAGAAAGAUUGCGACACGGGCAUCGGGCGAAGUCGUCCAGCUCUCCCGCACGAUACGAUACACGAUCAUCGACUCCAAAUAUGGGCGGGUCCUUGUCGCUAUGACUGAGCAAGGCUGGACGUGCUGCAUCCUGCUCGAUCCAAACGUCAAAUCACGCGCGCGUAUCGAAGGCGGCGGCGGGGCCGCCAAGAGCACGGUGAAGGGCGGGCAGCUGAAGCAAGUGGACCUCGUCGAGGAUCUCCGCCAACGUUUUCCGACGUGCGAGAUCCACCGCGAACUAAAUGGCACCGCGUUCGAUCGGAUCAGGCGAUACAUCGAAGAUCCAAGCACAAUGGAAGAAGAGGAAGUGACAAAGCUCCGGAAAGAAAGCGUGCUCUAUGGCACGCCGUUCCAGAUCAAAGUCUGGCUGGCCAUGGCGCGGAUCGGGAAAGCGAAACAGGCCACCUACGGGAGCUUGUGCCGUACGCUUGGGCUAGGCACGAACAGCUCGCGGGCCGUAGCCCAAGCUUGCGGCGCAAACCCGCUCACCCUCCUCUUUCCCUGCCAUCGAGUGGUGGGUGCCAAUGGGGCGGUGGGAGGAUACCACUGGGGCCCAUGCAUAAAGCAAAAGAUCCUUGAAGACGAAAGGAAGACCAGCGCAAAGUUGUUCCGCUUCGCCGCUCCGGUCUCCUGAUUCGCUGCGAUCGCUUCGCUCGUCGAACAAUCUGCCCCGCUCCACUCCGCACCAUGACAGAUCUGACUUCACAGUCCGGCCCUUAGUUGGAGGCAUCGUCAUUCCUUCUCUUCGUCGCUUUCUUUACGAAUUCAUGACGCAUGCACAUUCAGCCGAUAACAUUUACUUCGCACAGUGGCAGCACACUGCAGUGCCACUGAGAUUGUAUAUACACUUUCUCAUUCAUUCGCAGCUACGAGUUGAUCUUGCCGAGCUUCAACAGGUUCUGGACCGAGCUUGCAACCAGCUUUUCGCCUCCUUCG